AUGGCAGCGAUAUUGAAGGUAAUUGUUGCAGGUUUUGCAACUUUUGUUGAAGAAUUUCUCGAGGAGGAAUCUGUACAAGAAGAAGAAGAUGUCUUAGAAGAGUUUCUGCCCCUGUUUUAUGCAAAUAACUUGUUGUCAGAGUGGCGUAAAGCGGUUCGCAUCGAAGGUUAUGCGGAAACCGUUCCCAAUUAUAAUUUGUCAGAGUUUCGCAGCCAUUUUCGUAUUUCGGUAGACACAUUUGAACAGCUUGUUGUAGAACUUGGAAACUGUCCAGAGCUUCCUACUGGCACACAGCACGGAGGUAGAGAGCCGAUAAGUGUUGAGAAGCACUUGUUGAUUACAUUGUGGUUUCUUGGAAAUCAAGAAUCAAUAAAAUCAAUAUCAGACAGAUUCAAUGUAACGAAGAGCUCAGUUUUUACAUGUGUCAACAGAGUUUGCAAAGCGCUGAAAAAUAACAUCACUGGCCAGGUUAUUGUGUGGCCAAACCAGGCAAGAGCUCAGGUGAUCAUGGAAGGUUUUUGUCAGCACAAAGGACUGCCCGGCGUAAGAGGUGCCAUUGAUGGAUCGCAUAUUCCUGUAAAAGCACUGCAGGAGUGUCCCGAGAAUUACAUAAACAGAAAAAAUUUUCACUCAGUCAGCUUGACUGCCAUCUGCUACGUUGAAAUGCGCUUUCUCAACUGUUAUGCUGGUUGGCCUGGUAGUGUGCAUGACUCAAAGAGUUUUUAAAAAUUCAGAUUUCUAUCAAACUGUCAAUGACAAAUUCCAAGAUGAUUCCUACCUCCUGGGGGAUUCCACAUACACUUUGGAGACCUGGAUGAUAACACCCUUUAAAGAUCAUGGCAAUUUAACACCUCAGCAUCCGAGAUUCAAUUUCAUCCAUUCAUCUACAAGAAUGGUUAUAGAAAGGGCCUUUUCCUUUCUAAAGGAAAGAUUUCGCAGACUGAAAUACCUGGACAUGUUACGAAUCCAGGAUAUUCCAACAGUAAUAAUCGCUGCAUGCACCUUACAUAAUGUAUGCCUUGACAGUGGUGAUCAAUGGGAAGACUUUAUGGGUGACAUAGAAGAGGAAGUUAAUGGUUUUGAAAAUAUCUUGACUCCAGGUUGUCAUGCAGUUGCCAAGCGUAAUGAGCUCAUGCAGAAUUACUGUUAA